GGGGCAGGUGUGGCCGCGCACGGACGCCGCGGCUUAGGGACCCCCGCGCUUCGAGCCCGGCACGGGGGGAAGUCGAGCCGGGGCUGGAAACGCGGCCGCUUGAGAGGCUCCUGAUCGAUGCGCUCGGAGUUCUAUUGCAUGUUAAAGAGACAGCGCCCACCGGGUCGCAGGAGGUCUGCGCCGGCCCCAGGACGGAGGGACGGAGGGACCGAGGGCGGGCGGGCGGCCUGGUGGUCGCUGGUUCGCGCGCGGGGGCUGAGCCCCCGGAGGACACACCUGUAUUCAGGUCGUCGCCACGUGGGCCACGAGGAGCGUCGCGAUGUGAGUCACAGAUGCUGGUGGACGGACGACGCCGUGACCGCCGCGGCCGCAGGGAGCCCCGCGGAGAAGCUCGAGCGGCCGCGAGGGCCCCGGGUCGACCCGAUGGCGGCGGCCUCGAGGACGCGGGUCCGAGAUCCCGGGGCCAGAGCUCGCGCCGCGGGGUGCGUCCCGGUCUCGGGCCUCCCUGAGCGCGGGCGGGACGGCGCGAAACCUACCGAGAUACGCGUUACCGGCAGCAAAGGAAGCGAGGCGGCGGCGGCCCACGCCCGGGAGGGCAGGUGUGUCCCCGCCUGCGGCCAGGCCCUCCGGCCGCGGGCUCCGGCGCUCGUCGACACUGCACGUCGCAACCGCAAGCAGCCGGGAGGUGCCUUUGGGUCUCGGUCUCGGUUCAAGUCCAGGAUGGAGAAGGCCCUGAGUCCUACAGAUUUCCGACGGACGGAGGUCAGACCAUCGCCAAUGAUACUGCUGAUAGAACAACCAAGGAUCUGGCCUGUGUACAGCCAAGCGGGCCUGCUGGCAGGCUCUUGAGGUGACCUAACCCCCCUGUCCCAGCUUUGCAGCCCAACAGAGCAGCGUUGCCCUCCAGCCAAGAGGGCAAACCAGAAUAUUCCUGCUCUGCAGACAGAAGGGUGUGAAGAGAGAGGAGGGUGGCAGGGGCUGAGCUGAGUGGGCCCCCCUUCUCCUCAACUGUCUACCCCCACCCCGCUGGGGCACCCCUCAAACCCACCCCCAUCUCAGGACAGGGAAAGGGAGGCGGGGAGGCCAGAAGAGUUCCUGGGGGCAGCGCCUCCUUGCGGGGAGCAGGGGCCGGGGAGCAAGGCCCGAGGGUCUCCGGGUCUGACAGUGGACUAGGCCACUGACUGUCGAAGUUUCCAGCGCAGUAGAAGGACCCAUGGCCCUGGGUUCACCGAGGUGCUGCGAGCAGGCCAACCGUCACCCACCAGGCAUCCGUCCCCACAGCUGGGCCUGCAGGCUGGGGGGGGACAGGAGGCCUCGGGACAGCAGGUGGGAGGCCACGCAGGACUUGCCAGCAGGGUGCGGGGAGGCAGGAAUGGCCUUCCAGCAAACACCCGGCUCCGGGUUGGGUUUGGAAAGAAGAGGACUGUGGUAGAGGGAGGGGGUGUGUUUGGUUCCUCAGCACCCAUUCCCGUGCCUGUGGGGACAGGGUGGGGGACAGCUGGCCGUGGAACCCUUGGGGUCUACUGAGCACGGGAUGCGAGGUGACACAGGCCUGGGAAAUGGAAAGGCUGGAGACCCGGCUGCCCUGAGCACACCCCCUGGGGGCAAGGGUACAAGAGUGUCCUUCCAG